GGAGAAUGAAAGACGGGGAAUAAUAGGAACAGGAAAGAGAGAGAGGACCGGAACCGGGUUUCGAUCUAAGGAGGGAGAGACAUUUACACCUCCCGGAAAAUUCGAUAGCGAUGGCAACUUGAUUGAUAUAACUUCCAAGGAUAAUGUGGCAUUAGAGCUUUGUCAUGUUAGGUGGUACAUGGAAAGGGAUAAGGUUAGGGACGAGCGAAAUGACGAGGAUCGGGAGAAAUCUAGGGAUCAAAGUGUUUCAAGAAACC